CCUGGACAUGUGAAGCCCUUCUGUCGACCACACUUCCUGGCUUCAUGAGUCUUUUCAUGCCGACAGCGAGCUCCUCCCAGCUUGCUUUUGCUACCAUCCAAAUACGAUCACCCUGAACCUCUUCAUGACCGUGUGAAUUUUUUGGUCCAAAAAGCACCAGAUUCUUCAACCAUCCAGCAUACGAGCCUCUACCGAGUGGCACCAGCGCCACCUCUUUGAGCUCACCCCAAGAUGGGUAAUAUCAUGGAUACCCGUGAGUUGCUUACCCUGGCCUUCGACAGCAAUAUACAUCAUGAUCUGGGGCUUACACUUCCCCCCGGAUCACAGCCUCAGCUGGCUGUACACGAUCCCAACGACCAAGAGGAUAUGGAUGACCUAGCCUCUCUGUUCGGCAUGGAUGACGACUUCGAUCCAUUCACCGAUUUUGACAAGCUUGUUCAGCAGCCACAGCAGACAGGCGGCCCGAUGAAGCGCACUACCGAUCAUGCAUUCAACGGAGACAUCGAAGUGUCUCUGAGCAAGAGACAAAAUCUAGAGUCGAGCAACGCGAUCGAGUCCCUCGUGCAGCCGACAGAUAUCUAUCCCAUCAGUCGAUCCUCUAUUCCAUCCAUUUUAUCCCAUACGCCCCUUACAACUCCCGAGACUUCUGCUGCAACUAAUCCAGCCAAGGACAAAUUCGGGCUGAAGCCAGAAAGCCUGGCUCGCCUUGCUGCUGUCCAGGCUUUUACUCAAGCUAAGUUGAGUUCUGAUCACAUCUCGCCUUAUGCUCAAGUGAGAUACUAUCCAUCUGCACCUAAUCUACAUUGUAUGAUUGGUGGAGGGACAGACUCGAAUGAAUCGCUUCGGAGCCGCUUAAACAGUUCCCACCGUCGCCUCGAUGUGGUCAUUGCGGAGCGUAAUAAGUACCGUGAUGCCUUGCUUAAGUACGAUCAAGUGGACCCUGCGACUGGCAUGCUGGGCAUUCAACAGCUGGAGUCAGAAGUUCACAGGUUGCGCCGGGCGGCUUCGAACCAUCGAUAUCGGGUGGAUCAUCUGAAGGCAGAGGCCCAGGACUGGAAAGAAAAAUACACUGCCUUGGCGACAACUCACAAUUGCCUAAUUCGGGACUACCAACAACUUCAGGCUACCACGCGUCACCCACCACGCGCCUUGGAAGCACCCGCGACGGCAGCCUUCACCUCACCUCAAAAUGAUCCCCAAGGCAGCUACGCCCAAUUGUCCCACGCGUUUACUGCCUUGUACGCUGCCUACAUGCUAUCCCUCACUGACCCCUCGGGUAUAAAGUCUUCUGUCCUCCCCCCAGCAUCACCCUUUUCCAUCCCUUCUCCAACUCAAACCUUCGAAGCUCCCGCUCCACACUUUGAUCAAUCUGCUGGCUCAGAUACCUGUUCAUCACAUACACUCUACGAAUCCCAACCAACACAUCCUCCACGCCACCUCGAAGAUCAAGCCACAGAUCCUCCACCCGACCUCCCAACACCUCUUUCCGCCCAAUCUCCACCUGGUGAGCCAAAUACAAUGGCCACCAACUAUGCCAACUCCACCUUCUCUGGCCACGGCGGAUACGUCCCGCCAAUCCUCCCCGAGCAAGCGGCCCGCCUCCUCCAACAGGCCGGCGUUACCUUCUACAUCCCUACCACCAGCGCUCCUACCACCAGCGCCAACAGGCCGGCUUCGCGCCCCGUUGCGACCACCCACGUGACGGGUGCCACUACCCCCGUCGCCCUCGCCGCCACCACUCCGGUUGCUACCGUUUCCGCUCCUCCUGUGCCUCCCAAGGACAUCGUGGUCAUUGACCUGACCAGCGACUCAGACACAGAUCCCGCUGGCCAUAUUCCGCCGCCGCUUCCGCGAGAAGGAGCUGACCUGGCUCCAUGAGGGCAGCCGCAGUGACGCGGAUUACGUCGUCGCAGAGCGUAUCUGCGAAAACCUCAACUCCCGCAAGCGUAAGCGAGAGCGCGGCAAGAAAUUCGUCGCAACCACCUUCCGCGAGUGUUACAGCCACGUGCAAGCACAGAAGCACGUGCGUUGGGCACUUGGGGGGCCGGUAACCCCACUCAUCGGUACUCCUUCUUCUUCCGCCGUCGUCUCCAAAGACGAUACUCCUCCAAACAGCAUCACAGAGGGCUAGUUCGCUCAGAUGCUGGAGGAGUCCCUGGCCCGUGGAAAGACUCCAGGGGAGGUGGGUGUCUGGGAAGAUUGAGAGGGAGCGGUGGAGACGUGGGUUGUAGGUUCUGUCGGAUGAUCUCUUUGGUGCGUUGGGAGGGAGGGAGAGCACCACGGCGAAACGUAAAUAAUUCUGCGUUUCCGACGGGCAAAGCAAAUAGAUCCCGUCAAGUUUCAAGGUAUCCAAUAUUG